AUGGACUGUCGUCAAACAUCAAUCGAAGAAUCGUCUGAUAAUAUGGUUUUGGAUUUAUGUGUUCGUCGAUCUGGUUCCACAACAUUACCUGCGACACCAUCCCCAAAUCGAAUUCGGGAAAGUCCUAACACGACACCGCAAAUAAAUUAUCCUGUAACGCCAUAUUUACUUAAUCAUCAAUCGUAUCCUGCGUAUUUAAUGCAACAAACUCACAUUAAACAAGAGAUCCCUGUUCAAAAUCGGAGUCCAACAUCACCAAAACGCGAUUUUGUUGAAUCUUCUAUGGAUGAAAUCAAAUCACGAUCGCAACCACCCAUGAUGGCAGUAGCAGAUACAACUAUGAUACCAAACACAAUGGUAUCACCGAAUAGCCUAGCAGUUGCGUCGCUAUUUAACGGUUUUAGACCAAAUAAUGGAUUAAUCAAAUGCACAACGCGUCCGUUUAAAGCAUACCCAAAAGAUCCAACAAUGAUAUUAGCAAAUGAUAUGGCUGGACAUGGGCGUGAAUUAUUAUUAAAUCAAGAAUCACAAGAGUCUUAUACUGAAUUUCGACGUCGAAUGUUGGCACAAGUUAAUAACAAUAAUAACAAUAUCAUUCCAGGUGUAACAAAUCCAAAAAUGCGACGAAAUUCUCGAAAUUCAGAGCAUAAUUCUUCCGAUAGUAACACACAAGGGGAAAAAGAUGCCGCAUACUGGGAACGCCGAAGAAAAAAUAAUGAAGCAGCAAAACGAUCACGUGAUGCUCGCCGAGCUAAAGAAGAUGAAAUUGCAAUUCGUGCUGCAUUUUUGGAACAUGAAAAUAUGCGUUUGAAAAUUGAAUGUGCUGCUUUACGCGAUGAAUUAAAUGAAUUGAGAACAUUAAUUAACGUGAAUAAUUAA